AUGCAUCCCAAUCAAGCCACAAGCCAAUCUCCCUUAGUGUCAAACUUUUGUAACAAUGGAGUCAAAGACCCAAACUUUUGCUUAAAGGUUCUUGGAUCAGAUCCUCGUUCUAAAGCAGCAAAAAAUGCUCAUGAUCUUGAAGGAUUAACAAUUGAUUUGGGAUCAAAUAUGGCCAAAACAGUAACUAAUAAGUGUUCAGCACUGUUGCGAAGUGAAAAAGAUCCAAAUAUUAAAGCUGCUUUAGGCUCUUGUACUGGAGCAUAUGGUUUGCUAAAUUUGGAUUUUGAUAGCAUAAGAGAAGCUGUUCAAUCUGGAGGAAAUAUAGAUAAACAAGGAGCAGAUGCUAGAGUAGCAGUUUUAAAGUGCAACCAUGACUUUGAUGACAAGAAAUUGACAUCCCCUCUUGCAGAUGACAAUAAUAAUUUGUUGAAUUUCAUUCAGAUUAUCCUUGCUAAUGCUGUGAAUGGACAUGAUUAA